AAAGCUGACAUCCGAAGGCUGGGCAAAUACUUGGGAUUCCGCUUCCGUUUCAAACGGGGGAAACUUUCGCAGAAUCCGAAAAUACAUAGCCGCAAGUGAUCUGAUUUAUAAUCCAAAUCAGAGUACACCCCAGCGAUGGCUACUUCACCGCAGAAAUCUCCGUCUUCGCCCAAAUCUCCGACUCCUAAAUCGCCACCUUCGAGAAAGAAGGAUGACUCGUUUCUUGGGAAACUUGGAGGAACUUUGGCGAGAAGAAAGAAAGCUAAGGAAGUGUCUGAACUCCAGGAGGAAGGGAUGAACGCCAUCAACCUGCCCUUGAGUCCAAUCCCCUUCGAGCUGGACCCCGAGGACACCCUACUGGAGGAGAACGAAGUCCGCACCAUGGUUGACCCGAACUCCAGGAACGACCCCAAACUGCAGGAACUGAUGAAGGUCCUGAUAGACUGGAUCAACGAUGUGCUGGUGGGGGAAAGAAUCAUAGUCAAGGACCUGGCUGAGGACCUCUAUGAUGGGCAGGUCCUGCAGAAGCUCUUUGAGAAGCUUGAGGGAGAGAAGCUGAAUGUCGCGGAGGUGACGCAGUCUGAGAUAGCUCAGAAGCAGAAGCUGCAGACUGUUCUAGAGAAGAUCAACGACACCCUGAAGAUCUCCACCAGAAACAUUAAAUGGAACGUCGACUCGAUUCAUGCUAAGAGCACGGUGGCUAUUCUUCACCUGUUGGUGGCGCUGUCUCAGCACUUUCGAGCCCCGAUCAGGCUACCGGAUCACGUGUCCAUUCAAGUUGUCGUGGUCCAGAAACGUGAGGGAAUUCUGCAGUCCCGACAGGUCCAGGAGGAGAUCACUGGGAACACAGAGGCUUUAUCUGGAAGACAUGAGCGAGAUGCCUUUGAUACUCUGUUUGACCACGCCCCAGACAAACUCAACGUUGUGAAAAAGACUUUGAUCACCUUUGUGAACAAGCACUUAAACAAGCUGAACUUGGAAGUUUCUGAACUGGACACACAGUUUGCCGAUGGUGUUUAUCUGGUACUGCUGAUGGGAUUACUGGAGGGCUAUUUCGUUCCCCUCUACAACUUCUUCCUCACCCCAGAAAACUUUGAACAGAAGGUGCACAAUGUGUCGUUCUCCUUUGAGCUGAUGCAGGACGGGGGUCUGGAGAGGCCCAAGCCCAGGCCUGAGGAUAUCGUGAACUGUGAUUUGAAGUCCACACUGAGGGUGCUCUACAACCUCUUCACUAAAUACCGGAAUGUGGAAUAGGUGGCACACAAUAUGGCGUGCCCGACGUUGCCAGGGCAACAAGCCUUGUCACUCACCCGCUUCUGCAGGCCUCACCAUUUCUAGACCCACUGACUACACGCAUAGAAGACUGUCAAUCGGAUAUCAGUUAGCAUCCAUCUACCUUGAGUGUGUUCACUGAGAUCCUGCGCUGUUAUGUUGGGGGUUGGGCAAACUUUCUGGUAAUCUUAUUUCAGUUUCACACACCCAGCUUAUGUAAAGCAGAAUAAAGGGAACCCCCCAACCCCAUGAGGGAGUCUGUACCAAACAUGGUACAGCAGUGUGCUUUAAAACAAAGCACUUCACAAGCAAAUAAUAAUUAUUUAAAUUGUAUAAAUACAAAUGCUUUUAUUUUUAAUGUGGGCGGCGGUGGGGGGGGGGCACAGGAAGGGAGCAAUUUGAUAAAAAACUGCUUUAUCAUGGUUUUUUUAUAUUUCCAAGAUGGCAAAACUAGCCACUGUAACAAUCAAUAAAAUUGCACAAGUACAUUAUUUAGCUAUAUAGCAGAAAAGUGCAUAUAGGUAAAGUUGUAUAAACUAUACAGUCAUUGUAUAAUCAGUGGAGGACCUUUUUGAACACUCUCAAUUGUACACUGUUUAUUCUAUUAGUAGGUAGCCUUUACACUUGGAAAUCUCUCCACAGCUGUAACGGGUAACUUGCAUGUAUUAAUACACAACUAGCCCUGCUUGUUGACUGUUAACCAUUACUACAGUACUGCCAAAAUGUUUAUAACGAAUGAGGUGUAAGUCUUAAAACAAUGAAAUGGCUUGGAGCAAGCAAAAUCUUGCGCUUAAGUUUUCAUUAAUUUGUUUUCAUUCAGCAUAUACUGAUGUGUACCAUUUUUUAUACAGAGAUGAAAUGUCAACUUUUUUUGGUUACGCUUUUGCUGCCGUUUUAGCGAAUAUGAAAUCCACAAAGCUAUCUUAAAUGUAUUUUUAAAAUAUUAUUUCAUAAAUAUAUCUGAAUCUGAUGUUUGUUUUAA